GUCCUAUUUGAACCUGUCAGCUCCAGGAUCAGAUACAAAUUUUACCAAAAACCAGUGACGAACAUAACAGAAUACCAAUCGCUUGAAAUGGUCGUUCAUUGCAAAUUCGAUUUUUCGAUGACGUUCAUUGACGAUCUGGACCACGAUUUCUGCUUCACUAUCAAUGACCUACCGCAACCUUCGUGCAACACGCCGGAGUUUCUGACGGAAAAUUGCAGACGUUCUCGAGUGCUGUUGCUCAAGGUGGUGACGCCAAGACUCGUUCUCGCCGAGCGCCUGCUUGCGGAGUACCCACAUCUUAACAUCAAAAUCAUCCACCUGAUACGAGACCCAAGAGCAAUAAUUGCGUCUGCCCGCAGAAUGCCCUGGGACAAGAACAUAAGCCUAAACGAUGAAAACAUUUUGUGUUCCAACCUGAGGAGCGACAUGAAGACUGGGGAUGUGAUAGAGAGAACUCACCCGAACAGGAGGAUGCGGUAUGAGGAUUUGGCCAUGGCACCCUUGGAAAUAAUGAAGAAAAUAUUUAAGUUUCUAGAUGAGCCUUUCACCCCCCGCGUGGCAACGUUCAUGAGGAAACACACUCACGCAUUGAAGGAGGAGGCUGACAUUCACGAGUUAUUAUCCACUAAGAAAAUGUCAAAAAAAUUAUCUUUUCAAUGGAGACUGAGGAACAACUUUUCUGAGGUAGAGAAGAUUCAAGAUGCGUGUCGUGAUGUUAUCCAAUCCAUGCACCUCAAGAUGUUCACCUCAGCGCACGAAUAUGCAACGCAGCCGCUGGAUGUGCGGCUGUCUUGAAUAACCAUUGGAAUUUCGGGAUGCAUGCUAAACAGAGGCCAGCAUUGCCCAACACCAGCAACACUUUUAUACUCCUUCCCAUGCGCAAACCUGCUACAGGACAGUGUAACCUAAAUGAUUAUGUGUUGAAAGCCAAUAUAGGCAAAAAUUUCCGGCACUGAAAUGUACCAGCGUGCCAAUGAGCAG